AAUUAUGAUGAUGAUGAGUGUACAUGUAUAGCAAAAGAGAGUAGUGUGUGACACGGACUAAAACCAACUUUUGAUGGCUGAACUCAACUGCUUAUCGCUUCCAGUUUUAAACACCAUCCACCACCACCACCACCACUGCAUCCCAUGAUGACUAUCGUUUGCACCAUAUCCACCUCUAAUUUGUGCCUUUUUUCAGUUACAAAAACCUUUUUGGUGGCAACUUUUUAUUUUUUUAUUUUAAUUUCUCAUGUGUGUGUCUCUCAUGUUUUGUUAUCUACCUUUAUUUUUCUCUCUCUAUGGAAAAUAUAAUUCCAAGCUCAAAUUUAACUUCAAAGGUUAGAAACGCAAGAGGAAGUUUAGGGGACUAAUUCAUGGUUACUGUUUCAUAUACUCUGCUUUGACUAUACUUAUAACAUUCACUAUAAAUAAUAACGUCUACUCUCCUCUCCUUUCCUUAAUUCUUCUCUAUCUCUCUCUCUUUUAAACUCUCUCUUCCACUCCUCUCUCUCUGUAUCUCUCAAAGAGUGUGGGUGAGAAUUCAUCAUCAUCAUCAUGGAGGUUGCUAAUAAUAAUCAAGAAGAUCAAACACUCAUGGGGUCUAAUGAAUAUCUUCAUGUUGUCAAGGGGAAGCGAACGAAACGGCAGCGUCCUCUUUCGCCUCUUACUCUUCCGGCCAUGACUACUAGUACUUCAUCUAGCGGCGGUGGUGGUGGUGAAGAUGAGAAGCCUGAUAAUAAUAACUUUCCGUCGCCGACCACAUCAGUUGAAUUUUCGGUUAUCUCGUCAGAAGAAGAAGAAGACAUGGCUCAUUGUUUAAUUCUUCUUGCACAAGGAGGUCAUAAGAGGUCAAAGCAAAUUGAUGAUGAGAAUGGUAAGAUGGCAAGAAUUAACAGUCGGAGGUUCUACAAUGAUGCGGCGGCAGCAACAACUAGCAAAGCGGCCGGUGCUGGUGCUGGAUUAUAUUUGUAUGAAUGUAAAACUUGCAACAAAUGUUUUUCUUCGUUUCAAGCUCUUGGAGGUCACCGGGCUAGUCAUAAAAGACCUAAUAACAAAGGUAUGUGCAACGAAGAGACAACGAAGACGGCGAUCACAAAAACGUCGUCUCUUUUGAUGUUAACGGAACAAGAAAGUCCUCAGCACCAUCGAUUCAAUGACAACAGCAACAACAACAAUAAUAUUAUUGCUAGUAGCACUACAUGUGCACGCCCAUCACUUGUGCUCCAAAUGGGAAAUUCAUCAUCACUAUCAGCUUUCAACAACAACAAAUCUAGAGUUCAUGAGUGUUCUAUAUGCGGCUCUGAAUUUUCAUCAGGCCAAGCUUUAGGAGGUCACAUGAGAAGGCAUAGAACAACCAACGCCACCACGGCAACCACGACGACAACCACAAGCACAAAUAUCGAUUUCUCGCACCACCAAGAUGAUCAGUUGAAUUUUAGUAAUAAGAAAGCAUCCGCUAGAAAUGUUCUGUCAUUAGAUCUAAACCUACCGGCACCAGAAGAAGAUUAUUCAUCCAAAUUUAGUCUGUUCAGUUCAUCAAAACAACAGCUGCAACAACAACCGUUGGUUUUCUCAGCUUCUGCUCUAGUAGAUUGUCAUUACUAGCUAAGAGACUAGACUGAAAGAGAAAGAGAGAAAAGAAAAAAAAUGAAGAAUUAAGGAUGAAAUUAAUGAAGAGUCAAAAUUAAGCAGUGACUUUUCCUUAAUCUCUAAUUUUUCAUAAUUCACUUUCAUACAUUAAAUCACCCAUUUAUUCAAACACCAUAAAAUUGUGUAUUACAUUGUUUUUUCUUUUAACAUAUUGGUCUUUACAUUAUACUCUCAUUUUAUGACUAAACAUAAAUAAAUUUACUUC